UUCUCUUUUUUUUUUUUUUUUUUUAUUCUUCCAAAAUCUUUUUUGUUCUUCUCUCUCUCGUUUCGUUUCUCGUCAAGCAAGUCUCGUUCGUUUCGUUUCGUUUUUUCGUCUCGUCUCGUCUCGUAUACCUUUUCCUUUUCCUUUUCCUUUUCUUCUACAAUCUUUUCUUUCUAUUCAUAAGAAUUCCCUUCGAAUUCACCUCCAUCACAGUAUAUAUACAUAACCUAUUCUUUUACUGUCUUUCGCUUAUCUCUUCCCAAAACCAAAACAAAUUAUCAAAAUACCACGUUCUACAUACUUCACCACCUGCAAUUCCAAACCGCCAUUCCUUACCAAAUAAACAACACAUCCAAUUUCAACUACAAUCCAAUAGUGGAACAGAAGCUAUCCAAGCUCCGUCACUGUUUGUUUUGUGUACUUUAUGAACCAUGAUGAAACAAUUCCAUCAGAUACCUUUGUUUAUCGCAGUUCGGUUUUUAUCAACCUAAAAUCAUGCUUCGCCAUGGCGAAGCAUUUGCAACCCAAUCAAAGUUUAGUGAUAACGAACCUUCAAGAAAAGGUUCAUGACACAAACAUUUUUGGUGGUCCAAAUCGUAUAUGCAUUGGAACUUUAGAUAUGCUUUUGCAUGAUAACCGGACACUGAUCAGGCGAUCAUAGAUAGUACGGGUGGGAGAUUGUAGAUGUUUGAGGGCUCCAAGAAUCCAAGAAUCCUAGAGUCAAAAGGUAUAUAAAGAGAAGGACAUGGCCAAGGAAAGAUACAGAAAAAACAAACUUUGUAAGAAUAGAAGAAGAAAAGAACCUCUUUUUUUUUUUUUUUUUCUCUCUUUUGGAUUUGGUUUUUUCUUUUUUGUUUCAUUUUUUAUUUUUUCCUCCUUUUCCAUCUUUUUGGUUUCCACUUUUGAUUGAAUUCCAACCUCGUCUCCUCCCGAGUUCUUUUCAUUUACAUUUCGAAAGAAUCGAAAUAAUAACGUCCAUAAACGUCUUGAUCGCUAGCCUUUAGAAUGACUCUCUUCUCUUCUCAACAUCAUCAACAUGACUAUUCGGAUCCCAUGGACCCUUUGGGCCCAGAGGAAUUAAAGCUCGCCGUCAAUCUGGUGCGCAAGUCUUUCCCGGAACACAACUAUAGCUUCAAUGUGAUUACCCUAAACGAACCUCCCAAAUACGAGUAUUUGGGCUGGAAGCAAUACCCCAAUGUGCAACCUCGACCCGACCGUAUCGCCCUUGUCGUCGUCUUGGAAGCUGGCGUUCCUGGUCUCGUCGAGGGAAGGGUCAAUUUGACCAAACACACCAUCUUGGACUGGAAACACAUGACUGGUAUUUGUCCCAUCAUUACCGCAGACACCAUGGAGCAAACUGAAUGGAUUGUUCGUAAUGAUCCCAAAGUCCGUGAGCAAUGCAUCUUGUCAGGUGUCCCAGCCGACGAAAUCGAUCACGUCUAUUGUGAUCCUUGGACCAUUGGUUAUGAUGAACGUUUUGGCAAUGCUCGUCGUCUUCAACAAGCCCUCAUGUACUAUCGAUCCAACGAAGAUGAUUCCCAAUACUCUCACCCUCUUGACUUUUGUCCCGUCAUCGAUACCGAGGCCAAAAAAGUCAUUGCCAUCGACAUUCCCUCUGUCCGUAGACCCUUAUCCAAACACAAACACUCCAACUUCAACCGUAAAGAUGCUGAAAAAGAGUAUGGCAAGAUGCGUGAAGUCAAGCCCAUCGCUAUUGCCCAACCCCAAGGUGUCAACUUUACCCUCAAAGGACGAUACAUUGAAUGGCAAAACUUUCGUUUCCACAUUGGUUUCAACUACCGUGAAGGAAUCGUCUUGUCCGACAUCACCUACAAUGACCAUGGUAACGUCCGUCCUCUCUUCUACCGCAUGUCCCUUGCUGAAAUGGUUGUCCCUUACGGUAACCCAGAACAUCCCCAUCAACGCAAGCAUGCCUUUGACUUGGGUGAAUAUGGUGCCGGUUUCUUGACGAAUCCUUUAGCCUUGGGCUGCGAUUGCAAGGGCGUCAUUCAUUAUCUGGAUGCCCAUUUCGUUCGCCAUACCGGUGAAGUUCAACAUGUGAAAAACGCCAUUUGCAUCCACGAAGAAGAUGAUGGUGUACUUUUCAAGCACUCUGACUUCCGUGAUCAAUUCCAAACUACCAUCUCUACCCGUGGUAUCAAGCUCGUCGUCUCUCAAAUCUUCACUGCUGCGAACUAUGAGUAUAUGGUCUACUGGACCUUCCACAUGGAUGGCGUCAUUGAAUGCCAACUCAAACUAACCGGUAUUCUUAAUACCUAUGCCAUGAAUGCCGACGAGGAUACCAAUGGUUGGGGAACACAAGUUUAUCCCCAAGUCAAUGCUCACAAUCAUCAACACUUGUUUUGUCUUCGUCUCAAUCCCAUGGUCGAUGGCGUGGAUAACUCUGUCGCCAUCAAUGAUGCCGUUAGUGGUGAUGGUCUUCCUGGAUCCAAGGAAAACUACUAUGGCAAUGCCUUCACAAACAAACGUACCGUUGCCAAGACCGUCAAAGAAUCCAUUAGCGACUACGAUGGUGCUACCUCUCGUACAUGGGAAAUUUGCAACCCCAACAAGUUGCAUCCUUACUCGAAAAAACCAGUCUCCUUCAAACUUGUUUCGCGUGAAGUCCCUCCUUUGCUGGCUCGUCCUGGCUCCUUGGUUUCCAACCGAGCUGGCUUUGCCCGUCAUCACAUGCAUGUUACGCCUUACAAGGAUGGUCAAUACUAUCCUGCAGGUGACUAUGUUCCUCAAACUUCCGGUGAGCCUUCCAAGGGUUUGCCUGAAUGGAUCGAAGAGAACCCCGAAGGAAAUGUGGAAAACACCGAUAUUGUCGUUUGGCACACUUUUGGAAUUACUCACUUCCCCGCUCCUGAAGACUUCCCUGUAAUGCCUGCUGAGCCCAUCAGUCUCCUUUUACGCCCUAGAAACUUUUUCCUCCGCAAUCCAGCUUUGGACGUUCCUCCUUCCCGUAACGUUUUGACUUCUGAAGUUAAAGAGAACCAUAAAAAGUCUUCUCAUCCAGGUCAAGACUUACUAAAAAGUCUUACAGAUGCUACUUCUAGACUCGCAUUUGGUGAGCCUUACUUUGAACACCAUGGUGAACAAAAGAAGGACUGCCAAAAAUGUCAUGAAUAAUUAUGAAACCUCAGAAUAGAAUACAUAUUAAAAAGCCUUUUUUCUCCCUCUCUUGACGAUUUUAUAUACAGAUAUAUAGAUUUACGCACAUAAUAAUGAAUCUUUUGUUUUCAAAC